AUGGCCACUGCCUUUAGCCCUGAACUGGUACCUGCUGCUACUCUGCUCCACACCAUGGAUCCCGACUCCUUCGGCACCCCAGGAGGCCAACAUCUCGCACAGGAGCCUCGUACUGCUCCUCCGCCAACUCCCUCCUUCUCCUUUCCUGCUCGCUCCGACUCCGGUGAUGAGCUCAAGUCCAAGCCCGAGCCCUACCGUCCCGCCAAGCGUCGUCCCGUAUCUGCCAUUGAGGGCAAUUUUCAAUCCUACAAGCUGGCCGCUGAGAGGGCCGAGACGCGAGCCGCUCUACCUCAGUUCAGCUUCAACCCCGGCGCCACCCUUCCUUCCGAGCCCCAGGAUGACUGUCUCAGCCCUCCCAGGGCGUCGCACUUCGUCACCUCUUCUGUCUCUACCCCCAGGCCGACAGGUCAUGGCCAUCGUAGAGGUGGGAGUGAGUUCGUCGGUGGUAGGAUCCGAGAGGGUAACUCGAUUGCCGUCAUUAGUGGUAGCCCGACUAGGCUCGAGGCUGACGGAGACCUGGUCAACGUGCCCAACAAUACCCCCCAGCAACCACGACGCAGAGGACACCGACGUGGCGUGUCGAGUGCCGCCUUGUCUAUAAGCGACCUCAACCUCCCGCUUCCCAACCCCAGCUUCAGCUUUGGCGGAAGCGCUCCCACGUCGCCAACCAACUUCGACCGGGCAACUGAUACCCAACUUCUGGAGGUGCCCAAGACCCCCGUCUUCGAAUGUGGCGCCGAGACUGAACCCGAGCCCCAGCAGCCCGCCAAUGAGCCUAGCGAGCCAGCCAUAACGUCUACCUCUAGGGCCCGAGUCGGUUUCUCCGAUACCCUCGAAUACAUUCCUCGACCCUUAUCACUUGUGUCCACGGAUACGUCGAGCACCGUCACCGUCAGGCCCGGCCACAGCGUAUCGGGCAGUGUCUCGUCCUUUGUGACGGCGCCUACGGGCAGGGACAGCCCGGGACCGCCCCCUUCUCAUACUACAAGCUCCGGAUCCUCCUACCGUGCCACCUCGCGACCUAGCACGGCCGGGGCCAUCCUUGAGCGCACCCCGACGGCGCAGGCAGAAGAACCCGAUUUGUACCCCCGACGAAGGAACUCGAUCCCCGCACUCGUCGUCUUGGGCGGAUCGGCAGACGUCAGCUCGCCCGAACCCAGCCCCACGAAGUCCAAGCGCUGGACCUUCUUCGGACUCGAUCACUUCUCUAACCACCACGUCACUCACUCUCGGUCACGCCCCUCGAGCUCAGGCUCAGUGGACUCGGCCACCCGCUUUCCUACAGGCUCGUCGUCGGAACACUCGGAAUCUCAGGACGAAUCCAAGCCGAGCCGCAGCAAGAAGAAUAAGAGGCGCAAAAUGGUCAAGGGCUGGGCCGGCUCUAUCCUCCCCCGCAUUCCUAAGAGGUCAAAAUACUCGGUCCGUCCGCCCACACCUCCUGCGUCAGGCAUUCCGCCCGACGAGGAUGAGGACGAACAAGUCCCGGAUGCCGAGACUCUAUCCUCACCCCCGCCUCAUCCUCAGCCCGUUACCCCCACCGUCACCAUCACUGAGUCGCCCGAUCUUCCGCCGCGAAAGUGGACCGUCGAUGACUUGUCGUCUCCCAUGAUCGACCUGGACGCCGCCCUCGGCCCCUUCAACACACCUCUCCCCCGCAACGCCGAAUGGGACGCGGCACAGCACGCGGCCGGAACUGCCGGCCGCCGCCGUCUGCACAGCGCCCAAGGCAUGCGUGGAUUCACCGGCCCAGGUAUGCACUACCACAGGAGGGCCGAAUCCGCACCGAAUCUCCCGCCCUUCGACAUGAGUAGGGCUGCCAUUAGCCGAUACGGCAGCAGCUCCACCAUGGCUGACGUAUUCGAGGAAGAGGAAGAGGAGGAGGACCACGGGAGGCGCGGCUCUGGGUCCCAAGCCAUGUGGGAGACAGACUCUGACGGCGAUGCGACGCCCCCGGCGGUGACCCCGCUGGAACUCCCACCCAUGAUGCAUCGUCGAAAGAGCUCGGGGGUCAGCGACAGGGACCCGCUCACCCUGCAGUCUAUCCGUGCCCAGCGUUCUGGAGGGUCUCUCCAGGAGAGUGUGAUUGCGGAGGAGCCAGGUGCUACAACUGGCCUGGCUCCCGCCAGCUCAGAUGUGUCCGUCUCGCCACGCCAGUCCCCGCGCAGCAUGUCGAAGAGGGAGCCGCCACCACCCUCUAUGGAACUCGGGCUCCCGCACCAAGUCUCACUCGGACCCUCGGGCAGCACACCCAUCAGCCCCUACUCUAUGAGCUUCGCGUCGUCUCCCCGGUCACCCAUGUCAGCCGACACGCAACGAUUGUCGACGGCACCCUCGUCUGUCAACGAGGACAACAGCUUCCAGUCGCUUCUGAUGGGCGAGCCCGGACCCGAGGUGCGCCUGUCAGUGGACUACGAUAUCCCAUCGCUCACAUCUAGCACAUCGGCGACGACGCGCGACAGCAGCUUCACGCCCCAGGCACGCAUGUCACUCCCGCGACCUCAUGAGCCGCGGCCGCUGUCGGUGUCAUCGGCGGCUUUUGGCAGGCGCAGGUCUAGUCUCGCUAGCAUUAGCCGUAUGAUCAGCAGCUCUCACGGCGAAAGGAGCAAGCUCUCGAUGGAGGUACCGAUGGAGACUGAGGGAGGGGCAACGGACGGCAAGAAGCACCGCAGAAAAGGCAAUCGUCUCGGACGAUUUGUCCAGUUUUGGAAGACCAAAGGCACUAAUGCGUCGUCAUGA